AUGGGUAAAGAUGAAAUUGAUUUAGAAAAUAUUAAUAAUAAUAAAGAAAUAUUAAAAUCAAAUAAUAAUCAAAUAGAAAACAUUGGCUCCAAUAAUUUAAUUUCAAAAAAAAAUGAUAAAAAAAAAAAAAAAUUAAUUUUAUUAUCAAUAAUAUUAUUUUCUCUUGUAAUUAUAUUAUUGUUAAUCAUUGGAAUUUAUUAUUCAAAGCAUAACAUUUCACAAAACUCCAUAUUAAAAAAACAUAAUUUUAUUAACAAUAAAAUUGAAUUUCAAUCAUUUUCCCAACCAGAACUAUAUUUUAAGAGUAAUCUAACAUCAUUAGAAUAUACAAUUAAAAAAAGUAAUGAUAAUAAUAGUAAUAAUACCUCAACAUUUAAACCACUAUUAAAACUAAUAGAUACCAAAAUCAUUAGUCCUCAUAUCAACAACUUUUACAAAGCAAAUCAACUAUUUAGUGUCCAAUUAUCCACAUUUCAAAAAAAUAAAAUAUUAAUCCAAAGUUUAGAAACCUUCCUAUUUUGGAAAAUGACCGAUUUUGACAGAAUAGAAUUGGUCACAAGCGAUGGAGGUGGUGAUUGCAUUUAUUUUACAUUAAUGGAGUCCACCGUAUUGGGGUGUUCAAAUUGUUUUAAAAUAAAAAAUUGUUACAAUAACUAUAUAAAAUUUACCAACAAUACAAUUAACUCUCCAAUCACCUCAACUCCAAAUUAUGAUGAUUCAUCAACAAUCAUUAAAAUUAAUGUAUUUAAAUAA